AUGCGAGAAGUUCAUGUGGGUUCAGAUUUUUCUGGAUUAGACACAGCAGUUUGGGCAUUGCGCUAUUUGGGAAUUCCGUUUACCCAUCGCUUCGCUUGCGAUUCUGAUUCGGCCAGCCAGAAGGUUCUCACCCAUCUUUCCCCCCAAAAAAUCUUCACAGACAUCAGAUCUCGCUCGCUGGCUGAAGCUGAGACGGUGGAUCUAUAUACUUUUGGUCCGCCGUGCCAAUCCUACAGCAAGAGCGGCAAGCGCGCUAGAGAUCAUUGUGAGUUGGGGCAGCUGGCUCUCUACUCUGUGGCAUAUGUUGUGCGCCACAAGCCCAAGAUGCUUAUCAUGGAACAGGUGCCUGAUAUUACGGAUUCGGAGGAUUUCAUGCAGCUGAUCUUGGCAGAAUUGCAAGGGGCUGGGUACACAUUGCACAUGCAAUGCCUGCGAUCUUGUGAUUAUGGCUUGCCCCACGGGGCAAGCAAGAGCCGGUGCAACAAGAUGGUGGGGAUGAUCAUGACCAUCACAAAAACAGAGGCUGCGCGGGGAGGAUACUGGUGCACCACUAAAGGCGGCUUCCUAGAUCUAGAUGAGAUGGCCCGUCUUCAAGGGUUUUGGACAGGGUUCUUGCCAUGGACUGAGUUGCACUUGAGUGAGGCGCAAUUCGGUGGGUUGAUUGGCAACGCAAUGUCGCUGAACAUCCUGAUGCACUUGUUACCGCCCCUUCUCUUAUCAUCCGGGUACAUCACCCAGUCUGAGUUCCAAGCCUUGAAGGUCAUUAAUCAGCUUUCGUCCGAGGCUGUGCGAAAGCAUAUGGAUUCUUUAGGCUCAGAGAGCUGGCUAGCAUCCCAGCAAGAUGAUGUUGGUGUCUUCACAGUGGGCUGUGCAGUUUGCUCACAUGCCUUGCCCAAUUGUGAUUUGGACAUAUGGGGGCGCUUUGAAGUCAAGACGCUUGAAGGCUUUAAGCCAUACAGGAUGCAGGCCCAUGCUCAAAGUUCAGCACAUGUUGCAGCAGUGCUGCGCUUGCUUGAAGGUUCUCUUCAAGUCUCUCAGAAACAGCCUUUACGGUUGGAGGGCGCGCCUGACGCAGAAGCUUUUCGAACGCUGCUGGCCUACAUACGGAAGGGUGGCGCCUUACGAAAUGGAGUGGAAGGCGUCGGCCAUUUUCAAAAAUCAAGGCGCAUGUGCUUUGCCCUGGCUGAGGCCCUCAGGAGGCUUUAUCGCAGCUGGCUUGCAGAAGCGGAGACCAUCAACCUGUUGAGGGACGAGCGUCACUCACGGCUGCUGGUGCGAUUCCAGUGUGCUACAUUGGGCGCAAAGCGGUUCAUUGGGGUAGUUGGGCAGGGAAAGGUGCAUCCAGGCACUGCUACAAGGAUCACAGAAGUCACUGUCGAUCUCCUUCGUAACCUUUGCACCAAAAACCACGGGGCGCCAAAUGCAGACCCUUCAGUUGCAGAGCUUGAUUCCGAGUUGCUUCAACGCAUACGCCAUCACAUCCACUCCUUGACUGCGGAUGCAGCUGAGAAUGAAGUGGCCAGUGGGUUUAACAUGCAAUCAGGGAAAUCAUCAACAGCUACCAUUUUUGGCGAGGCUGUAGCCCCUUCCCUGCGCACAAUCGUGAGAGACAAGGCUCACGGAAGCAGGCGGAUUCUGGAAAGGCCUUGGGCUGCUGAUGUCUAUCUCUCCACUAUCGCCGGCGUGCUUGUGAGCGAGAGUGGCUCUCUGGCGCAAAGGAUUCAGACCUCGGAUCCUCUCCGGGUUAUCUACGAGCAGUGCUGCAAAGCUUCCACGUCAAAAGCGGUCAGCACCAAUUUUAGCCAUUUGAGAGCUGCCAAACACCGGUACGAAAGUCUCACCAGCCCCUUAGCACGGAUGACGUUGGACUGGGGGGCUGUGGUGGCGUUUUUGCUUCGGGUGGAAGUUGAAAGACAAGGGACGCCUGCUGGCGCUUUCGCCCGCUCCCUCCUGCAGACUCUAGACGAAGAAAUGCUGUUGCAGGCAGCGCUCCUUGCAGAUGCCUGCGAUGAGUGCUUGAUUUUGAUCAGAUUUUUUGAUCAGAGCACAGUGGACAACGCUCAAAUCGCAUCUGCCAUCUCUGACUUUUUGAGUCGGCUUGCAUUUCUCUUCAAGGAGCAACAUAUCUGGACAACGUCAGGGUACACGCUGGCGACUUUGUCCUUUCUGGAAUCCCCGACGCACUUUGUCGUGGACGGUGUGGUGAGAUGCAUCGGUGGACCCAAUGGAGUGUCAAAAGAGAUUCGCAGCCAGUGCUUGUCAAGGAUGCUUGCAUGGGCGAAUCUGGCAGAGGAAGUCGUCAGGGCAGAGCACCCAAGCUUUGAGUUGGUCCAAUGCUUUUCGAUCUUCGACAUGCCAAAUUUCCCCAAGCAGACAGCUUCUGAGAUCCAAAAGCAGGGUUGCAGCCAGCGAUUUGAUGAACAGCUGACCAGGCUAGCUUGGAGCUUGUUAGACAUGGAGGACAUGAGUCAAUUGAAAGAUGAGUAUUUCGAUCUGGGUCAAAUCGCCUAUGCUCAUUGGCUUGCCAGUGGCAAGACAGCCUCGAACCUUGAAUGCUGGCAAGUAGCCUUGGGAAAAACAUCAAGCACCGCGGCCAGAAUGCGCCACCCUGCCGAGCACCUACAAAUCGCAUUGGCGCACUAUGCCACGAUUUCAGCCACUGACAGUGUGAUCGAACGCAAUUUUUCGAAGGUGAAGGAUGUCCUUCGAGAGAACCGCCUCCAAUGUGAAGCCCUGGUGGAGAACGAGCUUGUCAUGCUUGCGGUUUCAGAUCCUUCACAUGACCAAGAAGUCAUCUCAAUUUCCAGGACCGUCUGGUCAGAGCUCUAUGCAGACUCCCGGAAAAGGUGCAAACCCAGAUUUGACAAGGGGGUCACACGUCAGAAGCUGGCCAGGCAGCUUGGAGGAGAUGAUGAUGCCGGAGCCAUGACCCCUGAAAAGGUCACCGAAACGGAAUUCAAGAAACGCAGAAGACAUGCAGUGUCGGCUGCACUGCUGCAGGGUGAGACUGCUGACGCUUCAAUGAAGGUUGCAGCUUGCCCAUCAAAUGCUUGGACAGAUGCUCAUGACAAGGAGAUGCAAUUCAACGCCAAGAAGCAACUCAAGCGGGUUUUCGAGUGUCUUCGGAGUGGCACCAUCCAGAUUCAUGAGCUUCCUGCUGAGCUUGUGCCAGAGGCCAUUCAGUUCUUUGAGAACCAGACCUCGUUGAUGGAAAAAAGGGAAAAAGCAGAGCAGCGAGUGGCGCAAAGAGUUUGCCAACGAGCACCGCGCCCUGAAGAGCUGGAAGGAUUGAAAGUGUUUGUGGACGAUGCGCUUCGUACCCGCGAGCUUGACAGGGCAAUGGAUGCAAAGAAUUGGGACACGGUCAUGGACAUUGCUUCUGCUCAGGUGUUCAUGCUUUCUGAUUUGAGCAAGAUGCCUUUGGUCCAUUCUAUUGCAGCGGGGCUCACUGGGGCAUGGUUAACGACUCCUGGCUUCGUGAUCGCUGGUAAGGGGCCUUGCCUAAAGCUCAAGCGAGGUCUGAGAACAGACAGAAAGGUUCACUGCGCCCUAAAGUUCAGAGCGGAAUACCCUGAAGUAUUCCAGCUUUUGCAGAGGUUGCAGUGCCGGACCUUUAAGCUGCUGGAGACCUUGGAGGAAUUUGCGGUGGCAAAGCAGUUGGCGUGUGACAGGAAAGCUCCUGCUGGCACCAUCGCUUUAGUGCAUGCAUCCGAAAGGGUGGUGUUCCAAGACAUCGCCCAUGCCUUUGAGGCAGAGACGUUCCGUGACUUCAUCUACAUGAUGGACACAGAGAAAUCAUCGUGCCAGGGAUGA